AUGGCGGCCGUCCCUGCAAAGGCGCAGUCCCCCAUGCCAGUGCGCUAUGGCGCAGCGCCUCCCGUGGUCAGGUAUGGAGUCUCGCCCAUGCCUGCGCCGACUGGGUCCAUGCCACUGGUUCGCCCUGGACCAGUGCGCGUACUGCAACAGCCGCCUCCCAGUGUCCCGCUUGCGCAAGGCGGAGUGGCAGGCCCUGUGGUCAAGCCCUUGGUGAGCCCUGUGGUCGUCAACCCAAUUGUCAACCUCCAGGCGCCCCCUCAGCCAUGCCGUUCCCUGACGGCCUCGGUGCGGUCGAGCCCGGCCCCGUCGUACGUCCCCUCCGUGACGUCGUACCAUGGCGCUGCGUCGUAUGUGGGCGCGCCCAGAAGCCCAGCGUCGCAGACGACGUGGCACUCGGCGUCCAAUCCCAACUUCGCCUUCGGGUCGCCGAUGCAGCUGCGGGCCCAAAAGGAAAGGCCCUUCUGGCUCGUGGAGCUGAAAGAUCGCCUCUGGCCGGAGAUCUCUCGGUUUAUGGGCCAGGAGAUUGUGGGAAACUUCCAGGCCGUCGACGCCCCGAACCGCGAGAAAACUCUGCAGGAGAUGGUCCAGAAGCUGGAAGCCAAGCCGAUUCACCUUCCGAUCGGUGCCGACUGGACCAACUUUUUCCUUCAGCUGAUAUGGCCCGUCGUCGGCCCGGAGAUCUCCGAUGCCAUGAGGGACAUUCUCACCCCGAAGCUGCACAACAAGCUGUCUUUCGUUGCCCCGAUCACUGUGGAAUGCGACCUGGGUGCUGUGCCCCCGGAGGUUGGCGAGGCGAUCGUGCUCCAGGAUGCAGGGAUGGGCUCGUUCAUGGAUGUGAAGUUCCACCUGCACUGGCACGCGAAACCGACGAUCACGGUGACAUGUAAGCUCGGGACGCUGGAGCUUCCCGCCAUGCAGUUGGGUUGUACCCUGUACCUCAGCUUCUGCGGCAAGGUGCCCGAGCCGCCGUUUUUUAACGCGAUCUGCAUGUACAUGGGAAAUGCGUUUAUGCAUGCUCGAGACGUUCUGGACACAGAGCUAGCAGAGGAGGAUCCCUACAUUGGCAUGGACUUCAACCAGUCAUGGUCUGGCAUGAGUUCCACGAUCGUGGAGGAUGCCAUCUGCUCGGCCAUCAACGGUACCAUGGGGCCGUGGAUGGUUCUGCCAAACCGCAUCGUGAUUCCCAUGCGUGACAUGCCGUUCAGUUUCGAUCUGGGGAAUCCGAUGCCGAAAGGCUGCCUAAAGAUCACCGUCAAAGGAGCAACUGGUCUGAUCGGGACGGAGUGGAAGAUGGCCUCGAUCCUUACAGGCAACAAGACCAACGAUCCGUACAUCACGGUCGACCUUGGGGGUUUCGCAGAGCGAACGCUCAGGACUUCCACGUGCUACGACACGCUGGAGCCCACCUGGGAGGACCACAACACUUACUUCUUCGUCAUCGACAACCUGAAGAUACAGCACCUCAACUUCCGCAUCUACGACGAUGGCUUUCUGCAGAACUUGCGGGAGCAGCACCUGGGCGUGGCCAGCAAACAAGAUGAGAUGGCAAGGAAGCUGGGAGUGCGCGUUCUGGACCUUUUCCACGUCAACUCCCUGGAUUUCUUCGAUCGCGAGCGCGAGGUGGAGCGCACCUGUGAGCUAGACCAGCAUUGGGCAGGCAAAGAAGAGCACGAAGACUCGGAUCAGAUGCGGGCCACGAAGGCGAAGGUCGCGGUUGGUCUGCACUGGAGGCCCAUCUCCCACACCUAUGCGGCUCAGCUGCCUCCGGAUGUCUUCCUUGACGAGAAUGACUCGAGCUCGAGCUCGGGCGAGGACGAGGACGACGAGGUCCGUUGGCCGGUGUUCGUGCUGCGGGUGGGGCUGCAGCAUCUGGAGAUGCGCCACUUCACAGGCCGCAGAAGCGACCAGUUCUUCGGGCGCUGUACCAUCAUGCCAGGGCUUGAGCCAACAGGUCAACCCUGCAAAGAGCCCCAGGAGGGCACCUCGCAGCGGACCACGGACCGAGUCGUGGCGGCCGCGCACAAGGUCGCGCAGAGCUCUGAGACGAUCAGCAGGAUGAGCGAUGGCAUGCUGGGUCAGGCCACGAAGUAUGCGACCUUUGAGCAAAGCUUCCGGUUCUUCGUGCGCAACGCACGAACAGCCAAGGUCCACAUUUCCUUCUUCUCGUCCGCAGACUACAAGCCGGAGGAAGAAGCGCGCAUAGGUGAAGUCACGAUGGAAUUGAACUCUGUGCUCCUGCAGCAUGACCUGGUCAUGGAGUUCAACAAUGAGGAGCUGACAAACUGGACUGGUGCUGCGUGCCCGCGCUUCACGGGGCAGCUUCAGCUUUGGCACAUCAACAACAUGAUACCCAAGAAAAUGACCACGCAAUCCGGGAUGCUGAAGAAUGUCAACGGCAAGAAGAGGGAGGCGGAGCAGCUGGCGCUACAGGCCGCCCAUCUCCGUGCGCAGGCGGAGGAUGGGCUCUCAGCCGGAUGUCCAGCAAAGCUCGACAGGGGAAUGCAAGAGACUUGCGAGGAGCUGGGAAGUGGCGAAUCCAUAUCCAGAUUGUCGCAAGGGAUGAUGGCUGGGGCAGAAGUCGCCGAAUCGGUGAUACAAGGCCUCAGCAAGAGGAAUCCGGAGUUCACAAGCUUCAAAGCCAUGGAAGCAGAGGCCAACAAAGAGGAUGUUGCUCAGGCUCUAGCCCACGUUGGUGAAAGCUUCAGAACCUCAGCUAUGUGGACGACCGUCGUCGACACCAUUGCUGGAACAAUAUCGUCCCCACUGCGAGGAUGCAAGUCCGUGAUCACGGAGCACUUGGACUUCUACAUCUGCCAGUUAUGCACAGUGAUACGCGACAAGCGAACACACACCUCGCGCGGCGGUCAGGGGGCGAAAUGGACGCUGGCCAGCAACGAGCAGAUCCUCAUGAUCCACGAUAUCUCUGUGGCAAGAGCGGUGGCCAGGUACCUCACAGCCUUGUCCGGCCAACAAGGGUCUCCGUUCAUGCCUGAUGUUAGCACAAUCGACAGCGUCUUUUCAUGGGGGGACCAGAUCCUGGAGCACGCUGGGAACGACGGCUACAAAGUUGUGAAAGAGUUGGAGCCAGUGUGCGUCGGGGUUUACCUCAGGGAUUACGAUGUGCUGCCUGGAAAAGAGCGAUUCAUUGCAAACGGCGUAGAUGGAGCACCGAUCAUUGAUGAAUCAGACCCAGGGUUCUCACAGAGGGCACUGCUGAAGCUGGUAAACAUCGUCGAAAAGUGCAGGACGCCAGCAGAGAUCAGUGAAAUCUUCGGGCUGAAUCGACUGUUUGGGUUCCCGACCAUCGACGAAGAUGCAGCCAUCGCCAACGUGAGAAAGAUAGCCACGCCGCCAACAAUGUCACCCGCGGAGGUCGAAGCAAUGAAGCAAGUGUCAAGACGGAGCACAGCAGCACUUACAAAGUAUUACUGCCUGUCCUACAUCCGGAGGUAUGGCAGAUGGCCUCCCGUCGAGCACCCAGGGAGCAACGAAGUUCUGAAGAGGUGGAUAGAAACCAACACGACAAACCUCAACCUGAUCCAAGACAGGGGCCCAUCGCUGGACGAAUGGGGAGAGAUCACGCUCGGGAAACAAGUUGACUUCGACUAUUUUGAUGAUGCAUCCCUUCUUCUAUCUGACACUGCCCUGAGCCCCGGCAGAUCGGAAUUCGAUUGCGUCUACUCAUCCGAGUUCCUUGGCUACCAACCUCCAGCCCAGACCACGUCGAGGAGGACGAUGGUCGAGUACCUCGCCCGGGGCAACCUGAACACCAGGGAGAUUCUCAGGAAAAUCUCAACCGGGGAGAUGCCAAAAGAUGACUUCGUGGUCGGGCUGAGGACAAAAGAAAGAGAACUCGCUAUCCCACCACGGUGUUAUGGGAUGUUAACACUCGAGCUCCGAACCUAUUUUGUCCUGACGGAAUAG